AUGAAGUUCAGUCGAAAUCAGAGAUCCAUUUUCUUGGUGUUUAUUCUUACAAUUCAGUUGACCAUCAAAGGAGAACCAACAAAUGAUGAAGAUCAGGCUCAUGUCGUAUUAAAUAGUGAGCAUGAAAAUGAACCAAUCGUUUCAACAACUCAUUCAGUAGAGAGUGUUGAUCACGAUGAUACCAUAUUAUCUCCAUCGAAAAGUACAACAAUUACUGAUGAUUCCACCACAACUCCUCAUGUUGUGCUCGAUUCAACAACAAUAACAACAACGCACUCUGACGUAUUUAAUGCGACAGUAUUACCGAGUAGUUCUACAACAACAACAACAACAACAGUUGAAACCACAACUACUGUAACCAGGACAACUAACGGUAGUGUUGCAUCUGUAAAUAGGUCUGUUGAGACAGAAGUGGAUGUACCUACAAAAACAUCUGUAUAUACUGUAAACAUUAAUAACAAUGAUGAUCAACCGUUUCUUAACUCAUCCACGAAUAGAAACAAUACAUUUUCAAUCCAAAAUAAUACCGAUACUUCAUCGAAUAUAUCGAUUCCAGUCACUUCUAAUUCACAGCAAAAUACAACAACAACAACAACUAUUAAACCUAUACUGACGACAAACAACAGUACAGGAAUAGGUUCAAACACGACUACAUUCAAUCCAUCGAAUUCGUCUACCGUUAACAAUUUCACUACUACUACUAUUACCACUACCAUACCUGUUCGAAAUACUACAACUACAGUACAGUUUGCAAACAAUAAUUCUGCAUCGAACACAUCGGAUAGAACUACUACGACUACCACUACAAUGUUACUAUCCAAUAGUAGUAGUGUUAGUUUGGUAUAUAAUAAUAAUUCUACAAAUACAACAACAACUACUACUACUACUACUGUAGCAAAAUCAUCAACUUUGUUACUCGGUACGACUCUAUUUGGCAAUACUACCGGUAAUGGAACGAACAUCAAUGUGUCGUCAAGCACUAAUGUAACGAUUGCGCCUCCGGUUGCUACUCAGCCGAAUAAUAUUAGUUCGUUACAAGUAACAUCACCGGUAAAUAUUUCAAAUCAAAGUCUAUCAUUGGCAACAAAUAACACAGGUGAGAACGUGAUAACACCGUCAGUACUACCGAACUUCCCAGCUCAAAAUCUUACGUCAUCAAACAAUAACACAAACGUAUCCGUAAGUCCAAUAACGUCAACGACUAAACCAUCUUCCAAUGACACCCUCAAUCGCACCUCAACUACUUCGACUACCACUAUCAUCUCUGAUUUACCUACGAGGACAGGACAACAAACGGUCAAUAUUGUUCCUACGGUAUCAUCUACAUUGGUGUAUUCAAAUGAUACUGUAUUGAUUUCAUCGAAUACUACUCAGACCAGAGUGCCAUCUAAUUCGUCAGCAACUGCACAACCUCUAAACAACACGUUGACUUCAACAUUAUCACCAUCAUCAUUAUCGAACCAAUCGAAUCAAAGUAUACCAUUGAAUGGUAGUAAUACAUAUACAAGUGUACAAUCCAAUACAACAUCGACAAGAUCUACUCCUAAUGCCAAUCAAGUGUCGGAUGAUGCAUUUCUUCCAACACAAAAUGUGCUAACUACUGUUAAUCAGAGUGUAGCAUUACUUCUCAAUACGUCUCAGACAGCCAAUGCAUCGAAUAUAACAAAUCCUCAAUUAAGUAGUACACUUCCGCCAGUGAACAGUUCAAGUCUGAAUGUAUCAAGCUCAAUAAAUACUACACAAUCUGCUCCUGACACGAAUCAAAGGACGAGUGGCAGUUUAACUUCGACGACUCGUUCGUCUAAUCUUCUAAAUCAAACUUUGCCUCUUUCCAUAAAUAGUACACAAGCAUCUGUCCCAUUGGAUUCAUUGGCAACAAAAAUAUCCAACACCACAGUGCCAAUUACGAUUACUCCAGCUUUCUCAGCUGUCUCACAAUCCAAUAUUGCGAGUCAAAAUUUAUCGCUAUCAAACAAUACUCAAGGAAAUACUUCUCUUGAUGUUUCUUCAACCAGAUUAUCAAACGUUACGCAGCAACCAGUACUUAACACAGUGUCUGUGCCUAUUUCACAAACGAACAGCUCAAAUACAACUCAAUUAACUCCCACUCCUACUGUGCUCGCAACUCGGACACCAGACAAUACAAAUGCUUCAAUAGCGAAUAAUCAAUCGUUGAACAAUCCAGCUCAAAAUUCGUCAACACCUACGAAUACUACCCAAGGAAGUGUUACUAUUGAUGCUUCCGCGACCAGAUUGUCAACUGUCACACAAGGACCAACACUUAAUAAUGCGUCAUCAAAUGCAUCGCAGCUAAAUAAUUCAAAUCAGACUCUAUCACUGGUAACAAAUACAACGCAGACAGCCGGCUCUUCAGUUUCGUUCACAACACGAGUACCUACUAUUACAAAUCAACCAUCUCUAAAUAAUCAGUCAUUGAACAAUUCAGCUCAAAAUUCGCCAAUAACUGCUAAUACCACACAAGGGAGUGUUACUAUUGAUAUGUCCGGGAGCAGAUCACCAUUUGGUACGCAAGCGUCAGUCCUUAAUACAGCGUCAUCAGGCUUAUUACUGCCAAACACUUCGAAUCAGAGUGUAACAUUAUCAACUAAUACAAAUCAACCGACUCUAAAUAAUCAGUCGCUGAACAGCUCGGCUCAAAAUUCGUCAACAGCUGCAAAUACUAUCCAAGGAAAUGUUACUAUUGAUAUUUCUACGACAAGAUUGCCGUCUGCUACGCCGCAGGUCUCAAUAUUUAAUACAGUGUCAUCAAAUGUAUUACCAUCAAAUGUUUCGAAUCAGAGUGUAUCUUUGUCGGCCAACACAACUCAACCAGCUGAUAUUUCUAAUAUAUUCUCAACACGAGUACCAGAUAAUACAACUCAGCCGCUAAUGAAUAACCAAUCACUGAACAGUUCAACGCAAAGUCCACCAUUACCCACUAAAAUUACACAAGAAGUAGUCACCAACAAUAUCUCUGCAACGAAGUCGCCAUUCGUCACACAAACCCCGAUACCGAAUACUGGACCUUCAGGUACAUCAUCCUUCAAUAGUUCAAAUCCAAAUGUAUCUAUACAAAUAAAUACAGUCCAGGCAACGAUUUAUUCAACGUUACUCGUAACUCGGGCACCAGUUGACACAAAUCAGUCAACUGUCAAUAAUCAGCUAUCAAAUAAUUCAAAUCAAAGUUCAUCAUUACCUGCCAACACUACUCAAGGAGGCGCUACCAUUGAUAUCUCCGCCACGAGAUUACCAUCGGCUACGCAGCAAGUACCACUUAAUACCAUGCCGUCAAGUACAUCACAGCCUAACAACUCAAAUCAGAGUAUGCCUGCACAGGUAAACACGACCUUGACAACUGAUCGUUCAACCUUGUUCGUAACUCGAGCAUCGGUUAAUACGAAUCAGCCCACUGGGAAUAAUCAAUCAGUGAACGAUUCAAUUCAGAGUUCACCUCUGCCUAUUAACACCAUCCAAGGAGGUGCUACUGUUGACGUAUCCUCAACGAAACUGGCAUCCAUUACGCAAGGACCAAUAUUGAAUACUGUAUCGUCAGGUGUAUCAUACAUCAAUAAUUCAAAUCAGAGCGUAACUCUACAAACAAACACAACUUUAACGACUGAUCAUUCAACCUCAUACGUAACUGGGAUGGUAGCUAACACCAGUCAACCAGCUGCGAAUAGUCAACCACCAAACAAUUCCAUUUCGAGUUCAUCGAUACCUGCUAACACCACACACGGAACUGUCGUUAUUGAAAUUUCUACGACGAGACUAUCGUCCGUUACACAAACUCCAAUAUUAAAUACUGUUUCGUCUGGUACGGCACAAGUCAACAAUUCAAACCAAAACGCCUCUACACAAUUAAACGCGACAGCCACCGUGGAUCAUUCAACGUUUCUCACAACUCGACUACCGGCUAAUAUAAGUCAGCAAACAAACAGUAAUUUAUCAUUUACUACCCAAUCAUUAAACAAUUCAAACCAGAACUUCUCUUCAUUUGCUAUUACAACGCCAAGUAAUGUUUCUCUUGAUUAUCCAUCAACGAGAGUAUCAUCCGUGACAGAAACGCAUCCAUCAUAUACUAUACCGUCAGGUGUAUCGCAAACAAACUCUUCAAACCAGAAUCCACCUUUGGCAACAAACGUAACACAAACGACUGAUCAUUCAACUUUACUUGUAACAGGAGUACCGGCCAAUACAAACCUCCCAUCGAAUAAUUCAAACUCGAGUUCGUCAACACUUGCCAAUACUACUCAAGGAACCGCUGCUUUGGAUGUUUCAUCAACAAGAUCGUCAACUAUUACACAUCAGCCAACAGUAAAUACUACAUCGUCAGGUAUUGCACUAGCUAAUACUUCAAUUCUAACAAUGAAUACGACACAGGUGACAAGGAUACCGAACUAUACAGAUCAGCCGACUUCAAACAAUUAUUUUUUAAACGGUUCAGGUCAAAGUUUACCAACCACCAACAACAUCACACAAGGAACUACUCCAUUCAAUGCAACAGCAACGUAUUUGAGCACCAUGUCGCCAACACGGGAUGGUGUUAUUCUCAAUCAAACUUCACUAGUUCCUGCAAAUACUACUACCAUGGUAACAAACAGCUCGCCAAAUUCGUUUUCGACACAAUAUCCGACUAUCAUAAAUCAAACUACGGCUCAUGUCCAGGCAACGGUAUCAUUACCUUCGUCUUCGAAUAGCACACAAAUGCUAAUUAACUCGACAGGGUCGUCGACAACAGGAUCUUCAUUCGUGACAUAUCAACAAACUCAAAAUCCAAGUAUACUGUCAACGUCCAAUACUACAUACAAUACUCAUACAGUUUCAUCAACUUCUUCGGGUGCAACAGCUCACCAGGGUGGUGAAAACAUUUCGACAACAUUCUCUCCGACUCAUAUGAGCCAAAGUGUUCCUUUUUCAAUAAUAAACACAACAAAUGAUUCGUCAAACAAUUUGACUCCCACUCAAUUACUAGUCAAUACAACGGUGCAAACUGUAGACAGUACAGUACCGUCACUACUCUCCUCGAUAUCGCUAAAUCAAACGCAGUCGGCCUUUACUAGUAAUGCACCAACCGAUAGUCAUUCCAUUUCCGAUUCUACCAGAAUUCCAUCUGCUACAGUUCAAUCGACAGGAAACACAUUGCAAUCAAUUCUGUCAUCAUCCGGUCAUGUAGAUAAUCGAGCGACUAGUACACCGUCGUCGACAGCAGAAAAACCACAUGAAAGAACAUCAUUAGCAUCACCUACUGGUAUGAAUGGUCAGACUACGAAGGUGGAUGCGACCAUACAGUCAUCUGCAUCUGAUACUCCAUUAAAGGCAACUAUCACAGUUACCCUCCCAACUCAUGGUUCUGAUUUGACGACACAUGUGCCAGGUACUGGUGAUAUUUCAACAUCAAUACUUCUCGAAAAACUCACUUCGUCAUCACGAUCGCAGUCGACAUCUGCUUAUAGUAAUAAUCAGUAUACUUCUGAUAAUAAUUACGUUGGAACAAUAACAAAAAAUGUCGUUUCUUCCUCAACAACGUCCUCUACUCCAAUUCAAUAUUCAACUACAGUUGAUCAGGCAAUGACUAGAUACAAUACAAUUUCCAACUCUCGUAUCCUUUCCACGAUAUUUUCGUUUUCCAUUGCAAAUUCUGCUGCUGACGAUCAUAGUCUUCUAACAUCAGUGAAUACGAAUGCAAACAUUGCUAGAUCUUCUCUUCCUCCAACAUUUAGCCCGCCAGUAACUGCUGCCUCCAUGACAAAUUCGAACCCAAGUCAAACAACUCGCACAGCAAUGCUUUCCACACCGGUGAUUCCGAUCGCUGCAUCAACUCUCGAUAAUACUCACUCGGACAUUUUAACAGCUAUCCGUAAUGUCCCAACGAGUACUGUAACUUCAUUCAUUUCAAAUGCAAUGAGUACUGCACAAAAUACGAUAAAUACACCCUCUAAUACGAAUAAUUAUAUAAGUCAAACCGUCUAUACACCAAUCGUACCAAACCUAUCUUCAGUCCCAAUGUCAUUCACACCCACGCUGGCUACAAACACUAUCGUAAGUACAUCUUCAUUGUUUCCAAAUAGUGUACAGAAUACAACAAAUAACAUAAUUUCAUCAUCAUGGACUUCAACUGCGCAAUCGUCGCUAAAAACUCAAACCACUGCUUCUUCAUCUGGUUCAUUCAAUGGCUCAGAAACUAGUACUUCUCAAUCGAUGCCAACAUCGACAUUAUCAAAGGAUAGUACAACUAUUCUUUCUCAAUUACUGACAUUAUCUGGCUCAACUAUGGCAAAUCUAACUUUAACAACUCGAAAUGCAAUUUCGAAUACUUCAUUCACAACGCAAUUAAACUUGAAUCUGACGAACACUUCAGCUCCCAACGAAUGUGUCUUCCCAUUUCUCUACUUGGGCCAAUGGUAUGAAAAGUGCAUCAGUGAUGUCUUUAAUGAUAGUUGGUGUUCUCUAACAACAAACUUCGAUCAAGACCGAAAAUGGAAGUAUUGCCGUGCAUCACGAGUGAAAACUACCGGUGGCACCGGCAAUGGCAAUGAUUGCUACUUUCCGUUUAUAUACCAAGGCUCAUCGUUUUCUACAUGUAUUUAUCGUACAGUAACAAUAGGAACAACGACAUCAUUUGCAUUAUUUUGCUCGACGACAGCCAAUCUCGAUCAACAUGGUCUAUGGGGCUAUUGUUUAGACUAUACUUCAUGCUAUUUCCCAUUCGUUUACAAUGGUAUCACAUACUCUGAUUGUGUCAGUGGCCCACAAUCAGCCCGGUGGUGCUCUACAACUGCUAAUUUUGAUCGAAAUAAGAUGUGGACUAAUUGCCCUGUUACUUGUGAUGGAUAUCCACAGCAAGAUGAACAUUCCGUUGGCUUUCGUCUACUCUCCGAACAACAACCGUGUGUAUUCAAACAAUCGAUAUCUCAAGACACUGAUCUUAUAUUGAAAUAUUAUACAUUGCCAACGUGCCAAUUAGAACCAUUGUGUCGUGAUGGUUACACUCCAUUAUUCAAAGAGAUCACUUGUCAAGAGGACGGUCGAUAUAGUUAUCCAAGAACGAUCUGUAUACAAAACUAA